GUAGCGGGGCGUGCAGGACAGGUGGUGAGUUCAAGUUAAUGGCAGCCCGCUAGCGUCGGCGCCGUCCGGGACUCGCGAGGUUGUCGUCGUCUGAAGAUGUUGUUCGAGAGCCCGCUGAGGUCGAUGGUCCACCUGCCCGUCGGCGACAUAUUCGACGAGUUUGAGAGAAGGAUCGCCGUUUACGAGGCGGAGAUUUCCCGUCUGAAGAAGGAAAACUACCGCCAGAGGAAGCUGCUGGACGCCGUCUACAAGCCUGAAAUACGGAUACGCAGACUGGACCUCCAACAGCUCUUAGGUUUUGAAGAGGAGUGGAGCCCAAGUCUGGACCAGGAGGAGACGAGGCCCCAACACAUUAAAAAGGAGGAACUCUGGAGCAUUCAGGAGGGAGGGCAGCUCCUAAGACUAGAAGAAGGUAUCACUACGUUAUCGUUCGCUCCUGUCCCUGUGAAGAGUGAAAACAACCCAGAGAAAACUCACUGCUCACAGCUUGACCACAGCCGAACCGAGGAAGCCAGCACCUCCACUGAACAGAUGAGAACAGAACCUGGUGGAAAGGACUGUGGACCAUCAGAACCACCCGGUAACUCAGGUCCGUCCGAUGAUGCGGAACCAACUAUUUAUUGUCGUCCCCUCUCUCCCGACUGCUGUGAAAGUGAGACUGACGACAGUGAUGGCGACUGUAAAAAGACUAAAGACCAAAGAGGGGACAAUCAAGUGGGUCGACGGCGUUCUACUGAGAAGAAACUCUUGAACUGCUCCGUCUGCGGUAGAGGGUUCACUCAAAGAGCAGAUAUACAAAGACACAUGAGAAUACACACAGGGGAGAGACCGUUCAGUUGCCCGUUUUGUGGUAAAGGGUUUGCUCAAAGGGGAUCGAUGCAAAUACACAUUAGAAUACAUACAGGAGAGAAGCCUUUUCGUUGUUCGGUCUGCGGUAGAGUGUUUUCUGAAAGAGGACAUAUGCAGACACACAUGAGAAUACAUACGGGCGAGAAACCCUUUACUUGUUCAAUCUGUGGUAAGAAGUUUUCUCAAAAAGGAGCUAUGCAGAGACACACGAAGGUCCAUACGGGGGAGAAGCCUUUUAGCUGCUCGGUGUGUGCUCGAGUGUUUUCUGAAAGAGGACAUAUGCUGAGACACAUGAAAGUUCACUCAGGAGAGACAUCUUUUAGUUGCUGAUUCUACGCUAAAGUGUCUUAUCCAUGCUCAGUAAUCCAGAAGAAUAGUUGACUCGGUUCAUCUGGAUACAACCUUUAUUGAGAGAAACAGUGAAACUGAAGCGGUAGGUCACUUUGAAUCAGAAACACUUGAUUUGUUGUUUCAUUUUAUGCACUUGCGCACAGGAAAUGAAACGAAACAUCGUUUCCCAGCCCACAGCGGUGCAA